AUGCCCGGCGUCCCACUAGAUGCCUUAGCCCAAGUCAAACGAGGCCUCCGCAGCCUCUUCGGCCGCCGCAAAAAGAAGAAGCAGCCGACGCAGCCGGAGCCUCCACCUAGCUCCAAUGCCCAUAUCCAGACCGCAACAGCGGUCGCCGCUUCGCCCGUAGAAGCUCCAGCGACGAGCAACAGGAGCGUCACGGAAGCCGAGGAUGCUCUCGAAAACGAAGAGCGCCUCCAUCCACCACCGCAUCCCGCAGCAGAACUUACACCCGCAACAGCGGUCUCCUUGAUGCCUGAUCCUCCACCCGCAACAACUACCGCCCCUCUGUCUUCCGGCCUCCCGGCUUCCCAGCAUCACAUCGCCGCACCCUCUCAGAUCGAAGAAGCGAAAGAGAUCGAUCUGAACCCAGCCCGCGAUAUCAAGACCGGAGAAGGUGGUGGUGGUGGUGAUAUCACGACUGAAUCACACGAAGGCAAGAAUGACUCCAGCGAUGCCAGGCCCAAGCUCAAGCCCGACAACGAGACAGGCAUGAGCGCUACAAGUGGGCCGAUGGGGGACCACAUGGCGGAAGUGUGGAGGGAUAGCGACGUAGGUUUGAAAGAGGGGAGGCCUGAAGGUCUAGAAGGCGAAGCAGGGGGGUUGGCAGAAGGGGCCGAAAGGGAAGCGGGGGGUGGGAAAUUCUGA